UCUGGCCAGAUAUAUUCAACUGUCCAUCGGCGUAUUUGAGUCUGCUUUCCCCUGCACCGCUCUUUCUCCGCCUCCCCGACCUCCGCUUGGCUGCAAAUAGUCGGAUCCCUACACAUAGUCAGCGCCACAGUUUGUUCCCAGCGCCUCAGUUUUAUAACCUACCCAUUUCACACCAAUGGCUGCAAAUUCUUUACAACCAGCUCAACACCACCACUCCUUCACGGAAUCAGAUGUGGAGACAGAAAACACAAAACUCGACUCUCAUGCCUCCCCUCCACAAAAACCAUAUUCCUCCUGGAACCGGCUCCACCACAAAGCAUCGCACAAACUCGUCAAUAACUUCCUACCAGCAUACUUUGUCAAUGUGAUGGCUACCGGUAUUUCUGCCGCCAUCUGCUACCACUUCCCAUACCCAGCCGCCUGGCUCCGGGUGGUGGGACUCAUUUUGUGGGCCCUAGGAAUCUUUUUCUUCCUUUGUGGAACUGUCUUGAUGGUCAUUUCAGCCUCCACCGUACGGGGGAACUUGGUCAAAUUCCACACCGACCCCAAGGUGGCCCCGUUCAUGGGAUGUUUCGCCAUGGGAUACAACUCGAUGGUGAACAUGCUCUACUUCGUGACAGGCCCAUCGUUCAUCAUCGGUAUCUUUGUGCUCUGGUGGGUGUCUGUAUUCCUUUGCGUGUACACGGCGGUGGUGAUUUUCUACUUCACGUUUUUGGUGAAAACCAGCACAAAGAAGCACUUUUCCCCGGAAAACUUCCAUGCUACCCUUCUCUUGCCGAUCGUGGCAUUGACAGUCACCUCAUCGGCGGGCCAGCUCUUCGCCAUGGACUUACCGCACCGGAAUCUUCAGGUACUCACGGUGGUGGUGAGCUACGUGCUUUGGGCCAACGCCAUGGCCAUGUCGUUCAUUGUGCUCUCACUAAUCUUCUACAAGUAUCUUGUGCACAAGAUCCCCAACACCACGAUGGUGUUCACCACGUUCAUCCCCAUUGGGUUUUUGGGUCAAGGAGCAUUUCUGAUCCUCUUGUGUGGUAACAAUUUGCACCAGCUCGUGCCGGCGAUGGCUGCAAAAUUGGCCGGUUUGGAAUUCACUCACAACAUGGGCCAAACGUUGCUGGAGGCCGCCACCAGCAUUGCCACCGUGUUGAUGGUGGUGUGCUCUCUCACAGGGCUUUUUCUCAUAUCGUUUGGGUACUUCAACACCUGUAUAGCGGUAGCGUCAGUGUUGACGAAGGUGUUGACCAAGAACCCCAACCCGGAACAUGUGUGUACCAGUGGGCCAUUUGAAGGUAUGAUUCGGUUCAAUAAGGGUUUCUGGGCCAUGACAUUUCCCUUGGGCACCAUGGCCAUUAGCAAUAGUGAGCUUGGGAAGAUGUAUGGUAUGGAGACGUUCAAGGCCGUGGGAGCUGUGUACGGAGUGGCGACGGUGGUGGUGACAGUUGGAUGCUGUUUGGGUUUUUUGUACCACUUGGCACGAGAUGUGGUUGAGUGUUUCACGGAAGAGGCCCAUUAGCCGUAUUUAAGACAAUUAUUUAUUAAGCAUUAAUAGACAUUAUAGAAUCACG